AUGAGCAACCGGCUGAAGUCCUUUGCGCAGCUGCAAGCCGAGAUCGCGCUGAACGCCAAGGUCACCGGCCCGGCUCAAGGUGAACAUGGCCGACCGGACCUGUCCUUUGACCCCAGCGUCUUCAAGGCCAACCCUGUGUUGGAGCUUCCUCAGGACGUGCAGGACACCCUGAAGACCAACCCGGCCUACAGGAGACCCGAGCAGAUAUCCAAGGCUAUGCGUGCCCUGUGUGUGGCGUCAGAGGCCUUUGCCCAGCUCCCAGUGCACAUGCGCGAACAGCUGGUCAAGGUGGGCUGGUAUGACAGUUUUGAGGCCAACAGAGUGAUCGUGCGAGAGGGUCACGACCCGACGUCGGUGUACUUCAUCCUGAACGGCAAGGCGACGUCCACUCGGGUAGAGACGGACCUCGUGACCGGGAAGCCUUACGUACGGACCAUGGGCUUUCUCAAGGCAGGAAGCUACUUCGGAGACCAUGCCAUUUUGCAAGGGGGGCCGCACAACCAGACAAUCGUCUGCAGCGAGAGAGUUUACCUCCUAGCAGUGGAGAAGGAGAAGUUUAUUGAGUCCGUGAUGGAUAAGAAGAGUGACCAUGAACCGAGCCACAUCACGUUUCUGCGCUCUGUGUACAGUUUGCGGGACUGGCCCAUGGGGGCGCUGCCACACGGAGACCACAGCGUCUGGUACUACAAGCACUUCAGGAAAGGCCAAGUGAUGUGUCCAGACAGUAGCGAGUCCGAGUGGGUCUACGUCAUCAAGUCGGGUAAAUGUAAGGUUCUGAAGAAGACCUUACUGAACAGGGGCACAAGACAGUCCAGCCUCUGGGCGGGCUCCUCUCGCCCCCUACCUUCUAUCCCCAGUACUGCAGCGAGGAACGCGCUCAGGAAUCACGAAGGUCCGCUGUAUCGCCGUCCGUCCACGGUGCCUCAUCACUGCCAAGCCUCAUCACAUCUCACGCCGCCCAAAACCGCUCCGCCCAAAACCGCCCCGACUGACUGCAGGGCGUUUGUGACCGAGAUGGGUCGCGCCACUGCUGGCCGGAGGGGGUGGCAGCACCGGAUCCGGCAGUCGUAUCACAAAGGGCAGGCGUCAACUCCAGGGAUCACUGUUACUGAUGAGGCGGUCCAUUCCCAUAGAAACCUGAUCCAGGAGGAGACUGAUCGUUUCCAUAGCAACAGGAGGAGGAGCCAGGAGGAGGAGGAGGAGGACCAUGAUGCUUUGUUCCUCCACAUCCAGACCCUGGGAGAGAAGGACAUCUUCGGCCUGACCAGCAUCAUGCAUGAGGAGACGUCAGGCUUCAGCCUCGUGUCUGACGGCUGUGAGUGUGUCGUCAUCGCCAAGGCGUUCUUCCGCGAUCACGUGACAGAGGAGCUCAAAAGGAGGCUCAGAAUAACACUUCGUCCGCCCCCCACAGAUGACGACAUCAUGCGAGUUCUACACGAGCAGCAUGCAUGGGAGCGGUACAAGGCAGACUGCAGUGCCAUCGCUGCACGACAGGUGUCCCCACUGAGACUUGUGACACGACCACAAUCAACAUAGCUUUGAAAAUACAUUAUUUUUCAACAAAAACAAACUCAAAAUCAAUACU